AUGUUUGCCUUGGUAGCAGCAACUAUUCUCAUCCUGGGUGGAAUCACAGCUCUCGUACUUGGCCUAUUGUUAAGAUCAACGGGUACGCCUACAUCGACAACAACAAGUACAUCAACAACAGCUACUACUGCGACGACAACAACAACAACAAGCGCAACAAUACCACAUCAACUACCACAACAACAUCAACGACAACAACAACAUCAUCCAGCACAAGCUCUACUUCAUCUGCCAGCACAACAUCGGAGACCACAACAACGACAUCCAGCACGAGUAGCACUUCAACUACCAGCACUACUUCGGAAACAACAACAACAACAUCCAGCACCACAUCCGAAACAACAACAACGACGUCAACUAGCACUAGUUCGACUACUAGUACAACGUCAGAAACAACAACAACAACAUCCAGCACCAGCUCUACUUCAACUACCAGCACUACUUCGGAAACAACAACAACGACAUCCAGCACCAGUACUACUUCAACCACCAGCACUACUUCGGAAACAACAACAACAACAUCUAGCACCACAUCCGAAACAACAACAACGACGUCAACCAGCACUAGUUCGACUACCAGUACAACGUCGGAAACAACUACAACAACAUCCAGCACCAGCUCUACUUCGACUACCAGCACUACUUCAGAGACAACUACAACAACAACAACCAGCACUACAUCAACUACUAGCACGACGACCGAAACAACAGCCACAACAUCUACAACGAGCAGUACUUCAAGCACUAGUACUACGUCCGAAACAACUACAUCAACAUCAACCAGUACAACUUCGACUACCAGCAGUACAUCGGCGACAACAACAACAACAUCAACUACAACCACAACAACAACGACCACUCAGAGGGGUAUGUAAACAUGACUAUACAAAUGUUCUUGACUCUUUAAAAUUUCACAGCGCUCAAUUGUUCAUCAACCGGUCAUGGAACUGUUUCAAGUGA